AUGCGGUUGGCAGCAAUCGCAGCCUUUGCAGGCUUAAUAGGGGUAUCCCUUGCACACAACAUCCAACUAAAGGCGCACACGCGAGAAUGCUUUCACGAAGAACUACACAAGGAUGACAAGAUGACGGUCACUUUCCAAGUGGGUGACCGGGAGUUUGGAGGUUCGGGGAAUCUGGACAUUGAUUUCUACAUCACCGACCCAGCUGGCAACUACGAAACCCAGAUGACCACGGUCUCUUCUGGCGACUACUCCUUCGACGCCCGCAUGGACGGCAGAUACAUUUACUGCUUCAGCAACGAACAUUGGUCUGCCAACAGCAAAGAAGUCUCCUUCAACGUCCAUGGAAUUGUCUAUGUUCCGGAGUCUGAUGCGCCUGCUGAUCCGUUAGAAAGAGAAGUGCGCCAGUUAUCCGAGCUCCUUGCGCAGGUCAAAGAUGAACAAACCUACAUUGUUGUCCGAGAACGCACGCACCGAAACACUGCCGAGAGCACAAACGCAAGAGUCAAAUGGUGGUCAUUAUUCCAGCUGGGUGUCUUGAUAGGAGAAGGAGUGUUCCAGGUCUGGUGGUUGAAGCGUUUCUUCGAGGUGAAUGGCCGUCCUCUUCCAUAA